AUGAAGUUUGAAAUGCUCUUUAGAAAGAAGCUGACUGAUACUGAUGUCAAGUACAGAAUGGUGGUACCAAUGGACAACUACCGAGAUGCUUUCCAAAUACCAGAAGGUGAUUUUUCUGAAGAGAUUGAUGUUAUUGACAUGGACGAUGAUUCUGUGAAGAAAUUUAAUUGUUCCAAGCGCCGCAAAGGCCAUCCUAAGCCUGUGUUCUGCAAGGGUUGGAUUAGUUUCGUCAAAGAAAAGCAUCUUGUAGCAGGUGAUGAAGUUACUUUUUACAAGGAAGAAGAUGAAACUGGCAGAAUUAGAAUCAAAGUCCAGUCGCAAAAAAUUCAAUGCUUACUUUUUGGUGUAGAUUUGAGGGAUGCUGUUCGAAAUGCGACAUAUUUUAGGCAGCAGACUAAGUGA